GAGGCGCAAUAUAAAGGAACGUUCGCAGAAAAAGGAACGGAAUGAAUUACCAUACAGCAGAAGAGAAUAUUAACGCAACAUUCAACUAAUAGUUCCAACAUAGGCUAACAGAAGAAGAUAAUUUAAGAACACGGACUUCGACUUAAGUUCUGGUGGAUAACCAGCGACUGGUGUGGUUCAAACAGGCCUCGGAGGUAACAAACUGUGAUCUGAAGAGAAGUUUCAGCAGCAGUCAAAGAAGCGAAGACAUGUUGGACAAAUUGGCAGCCGGCGUGUUCCUCUUGUGCCUACAUACCAGCCUCGCUACCGACUCGGUGGCCCUGACUUCAGACACUGACGCCCAUGACGUGGACAAGAGACCUUUCGAUAGCAUCGCUGCAUAUCGGGGAUUCAAAGGAUUUGCUGACAAACGCCCAUUCGACUCCAUCUACGGCGGUCGUCUGCGCGGGUUUAUUAAGCGCCAUCUAGACAGCAUCAACGGUUACCAUGGCUUCUCCGGUUUUAACAAGCGCCCUAUGGACUCGAUUAACCGCGGAGGAUUCAGCGGAUUCGUCAAGCGCCCAAUGGAUUCCAUUAACCGCGGAGGAUUUUCAGGUUUCGUAAAGCGUCCUAUGGAUUCUAUCAACAGAGGAGGAUUUUCUGGAUUUGUAAAAAGGAGGUUCGAUUCAAUUGGGAGCAAAGGCGGAUUCAGAGGCUUUAUCAAGCGAGACGAAUCUGGAGAAAGCGAACAGGAUUUUCAGGAUGAGUUCAUUGAGUAAAUCGGCAUAAAUAUUCUUUCCGUCUGUUAAAUAUGCAAAAACUUGCGUUAAACAUCAGUCGCAUUAUAUAAGUGUAUGUUUUUAUAUCUGGAAAUGCAAUCCAAUUUUGCCAUAAACAGAUCAUUGCAUUGUUUCUAUUUCUUGCAAAUGUAACGUGACAAUACAAGUUAUUUUAAUAA